CGAGAGACUGCCCAGGCCAUAAAGGGCAUGCACAUCCGCAAGGCCACCAAGUACUUAAAGGACGUAACCUUGAAGAAGCAAUGUGUUCCCUUCCGGCGCUACAACGGGGGAGUCGGUAGAUGCGCCCAGGCCAAGCAGUGGGGCUGGACACAGGGACGCUGGCCCAAGAAAAGUGCAGAGUUCUUGCUGCACAUGCUCAAAAAUGCAGAGAGCAAUGCUGAGCUCAAGGGUCUUGAUGUGGAUUCUCUGGUCAUUGAGCACAUCCAAGUCAACAAGGCUCCCAAAAUGCGCCGACGCACCUACAGAGCACACGGUAGGAUCAACCCCUACAUGAGUUCCCCCUGCCACAUUGAGAUGAUCCUCACUGAGAAGGAGCAGAUUGUUCCCAAGCCAGAGGAGGAAGUUGCACAAAAGAAAAAGAUAUCCCAGAAGAAGCUGAAGAAACAAAAGCUAAUGGCUCGGGAGUAAAUCUCUGAGAGAUGUACAUAAAUAAAAUU